GUCCUGGUCGGUCUGUCGUCUUGACAGUGUAGUAGUGUGUGUGUCUAUCCUGAGUGCAGUUAGAGAUAUCGGCAUGUUGAAGGUGAAUACUCCACAGAAAACAACACUUCGCUAUCCGCAGUUUGCUUCAGGCGAGAGGGAGGUACCGUCUGACAGCGCUGUGCAGGAGAUCAUCAUGCAAGAGUACAAGUACAAAAGAGAGCUAUGGAGACUGCAAAAGAUUUUAAGGAGGUCCAUGUCAUCGAACGACCCGCUACCAAUGUUCAACAGGAGGCAUCUUCUAAUCCUUAUAAAACGCUUGUGCAAGGACAUCGAAUACUCAACUUCACGGAUGAACAAAGACAUGGAUAUGUCUAGGUUGUCACACGUUUUGGAACAUUCGACACAGGUCCAACACAACCUUCUCUGCAUCGCUUAUACCGACGCGCUAUUCGAAAUGAGAGAAUUAUUACGAAGGGAAACUGCUCUCAGAAAUGACAGUAGCAUUUGCUACUGCACGGAGAUCCAUGGCGAGCGAGCAUUGCUUCCCCUUCACAGGCUGCGGUACCUCAAGGCGUUGUCUUGCUUUCCUCAACACCACAAGGACUCGUUGUCUUCGGCUUUGGACGGAUGUUUCGAAGUUUUGGCCUCUCUCCACAAUCCAGAUUACGUCGGUGAAAUAGACAACCUAUUGGAUUUCGCUUUGAUCAUGGGACCUCCGCCAACUUUGUGCUAUGAAAAUAUUACGCGCCAAAACGACUACAAUGAAAUAAUUCAGUUCAGAAAAGUCGAAGAACCAAAGGAAGACCACGAUUAUGAAGAGAUCGAAAUGGUACCGCUCAAACCAGCAGGCAAGAAACUAACAGAUUUAUUUUUCAACAAUAAUAAAAAAUAUCAGAAUACUCCGUUUUUUCAAACAAGCAGAUUCAGUGUCAGUACAGCAGAGUUGUGUAGAUAAUUUUAAUUGUUUUUAUAUAUUGAUAAAGAAAAGAAAAUAUUAGGCAUUGAGUGAGGACAAAUUUAGAA